AUGACAGGUGAAAGCAAGAAAUCUGUAUACACCUUGUCAUCAAAUGAUAAUCCUAGUAAUAUAAUAACCCAGGUGCAAUUGAAGGAAGAUAAUUAUGAUGAAUGGGCUCGUUCAAUACGAACAGCAUUGCGAGCAAAGAAAAAAUUUGGUUUUGUUGAUGGAACCGUGACAGAACCUGAUGAAGAUGACGAAAGCUUAGAAGAUUGGUGGACUGUGAAUUCCAUGAUUGUAUCAUGGAUAAUGAAUACAAUCAGUCCAAUAGUAAGAUCUAUUCUAACUCACCUAGAGAUUGCAAAAGAUCUAUGGGAUGAUAUUAAAGACUGUUUUUCGCAAUUAUGGGAGGAACUGGCCAAUUUUGACGUGAUUUCGCCAUGCAAGUGUAGGGGUUGCAAGUGCAAUAUUGCAGCUGAAUUAACUAAGAAACGAGAAGAAGAAAAACUCCAUCAAUUCCUGAUAGGUUUGGAUGAUGUAUAUGGAACAGUCCGUUCAAAUAUUCUGAGCUCUACUCUAUUGUCUGGUGUGAGUAAAGCUUAUUCUUUGAUGUGUCAAGAGGAAAGAAUUAGAAAUGUCUCAAAAGGCAAGGAGAUCAAAAGUGAGACAGUCAGCUUUAUGGUCCAAACUAAAGAUAAAAGUGUUGUUUGCACACAUUGCAAUCGAGAAGGGCAUGAUGCUGAGGGUUGUUUUCAAUUAAUUGGAUACCCAGAUUGGUGGGGUGAUCGACCAAAAACAUCUAGUCGAGGUCGAAAAAAUGGAGGAAGAGGUCGUGGCAAGUUUGCAGGAAGAGGAAGAGCUGGAGUGAGAGUUAAUGCUACACAUGCUAUUGGGCAAUUCGUUGCAGAAACAAAGAAUCCUGCAACUCCUGGAGAUUUGACAAGUGAACAAUGGGCAGCCGUUCUCAGUUUGCUGAACUCAUGCAAACCAGGGACUGAUGAGAAAAUGACUGGAAAUUCAUGCAAUCUAAUUAACUUAAAGAGGAUAUUAGGUUGCCCUAUUGGUUUACCCAAUGGGAAUCAAGUGCUGGCAUUGCAAGAGGGAACACUUCGCAUGGGAAAUCCAGGACUAUAUUGCAAUCUGAUUUAUGUGUCACAGUUAGUUGAUGACUUAAAAUGUGAUGUGUUAUUCACUAAUGAGCUUUGUUUAAUACAUGACCGCACUUCGAAGACGGUGAUUGGAGCAGGUGAACGAUGCAAGGGGCUUUAUUACUUCAAGAAGGAGUUAUCAGCUCAAGCACAUCAAGCUCGGUUGAUGAAUUCAUAUGACCUGUGGCAUAGAAGGAUGGGACAUCCAUCUUCUAAGAUAGUAGGAUUAAUCCUUGGCAUUAAGAAUAACUUAGGUUUUAUACAAAUUGUGAUACUUGUUUCAAAGCUAAACAAAUUAGAGAAGUAUUUUGUUCUAGUGGGAAUAUAG